UGCAGUGCCGAGGAAAGAGGAGAAAGUGGAUAAAAGAGCUUCGAAUCAGCUGUUUUGUUCGCAGCGAAUGUGGUGUUACGAUUGGGGAGAAGAACAACAGCACACUGAACAGGACAACAAUGGCUCCUUUCUCGAUUCCGAUUCCGAUUCCGAUUUCGAUUUCAUGUAUGUCUUCGAGAGCUACAAGGAUCUCUAUAAAUUCCUUGAAUUGGAGUCCAGUGCCUCAGAUGAUGAUAUUCGUUCCAACUUUAUCCGCCUUGCUCUGAAAUGGCACCCGGACAAGCACAAAGAUGAAGACAGUGCAACAUCCAGGUUUCAAGAGAUUAACGAAGCCUACCAAGUUUUAAGCGACCCUAUCAAGAGACGAGAAUACGACAAGAAAAGGAUGAUCCAUGACCAUGAACGGAACAUGGAAUUUCUUCGCCGAUAUGGAGGGCUCAUACUGACUUGCAAUGGCCUCGGGAUGAAGCAUUCGCUUUGGUGAAAGGGAAUAAGGUUAAGUUAUGUAUAUGUGCUUUUAUUGAGCAUUUAGGUUAUAUAUUAGCAGUUGCUAGAUGGAAGAGUUAGAGAACAGAACAAUGUCGGUAUCGGAUUGUCGCAUCCAAGAUCUUCAUCUACUCAUCGAGUGUGUUCGAUGUAACGAACCGUACAAUGGAAAUUUCGGGGAAUGCUUGAAGAUUUUUAUCGAAGAAGUUUUCUCAUGCA